GAACGCAACACAAGGCUAAAGCAGUUGAUCUGUAGAAUCGCUGUUCUCCAAUGACAUUAAGCUAGCCCAUAGCCAUGGCGUUGUUUAUACACAAUUAUUGUUUGGCAGGUCGUUUUUCCACCGCGCAACUAUUACGGAUUUCAAGAGCCAGUCCUGCAGUUUACACAAGUAACUUGUCAACUGUAGUGAAGUCCUCCCCAAAACGUGCUGACAGAAAGAAGGAGAUUCUGGAUGAUGAUGGACCCAAUCUUCAAGACUUUAUUUCUGGAGAUUUAUCAGAGAAAAGCAAAUGGGCCGAGUAUAGAGGCAAUCUGAAGAGACAGAAAGGAGAAAGAUUAAGGCUUCCUCCAUGGCUCAAGACUGAAAUUCCUAUAGGGAAGAACUACAACAGACUCAAAAAGACGUUGAGAGCCCUUAACCUUCACACAGUUUGUGAGGAGGCCAGGUGUCCCAACAUCGGAGAGUGCUGGGGAGGAGGAGAAUAUUCUACCGCAACAGCAACAAUUAUGCUGAUGGGGGAUACAUGUACUCGUGGCUGCAGGUUCUGCUCUGUAAAAACAGCCCGUCUGCCUCCUCCUCUUGAUCUGAAUGAACCCUACAAUACUGCAAAGGCAAUUGUUGCCUGGGGUCUCGACUAUGUAGUUUUAACAUCAGUGGAUAGAGAUGACCUUGCAGAUGGAGGGGCAGAACACUUUGCCAGAACAGUUACCAACAUAAAAGAGAGGGAUCCAAAAAUCUUAGUUGAAUGUCUCACACCUGAUUUCCGUGGUGACCUGUUGUCAGUGGAGAAAAUUGCAUUGUCAGGAUUGGAUGUGUACGCUCAUAAUGUUGAAACUGUUCGAGAGUUGCAAAGAUAUGUCCGUGACCCCAGGGCAAACUUUGUCCAGUCUUUGAAGGUUUUGCAACAUGCUAAGAAAGUUAAACCCACUCUUCUCACAAAAACAUCUAUCAUGUUGGGAUUAGGGGAAACAGAUGAACAGAUUCAGAACACACUGACAGAGUUGCGAGAAGCUGGUGUUGACUGUUUAACACUAGGGCAGUACAUGCAGCCAACUAAACGUCAUCUUAAGGUGGAAGAGUAUGUCACUCCAGAGAGGUUUGCUCAUUGGGAGAAAGUUGGAAAUGACAUGGGAUUUCUGUACACUGCCAGUGGACCUCUAGUGCGAUCCUCCUACAAAGCAGGUGAAUUCUUUCUGAAAAACUUGCUGGACAAAAGAAAAGCCGAAGGAACAGAAUGAAACUAAGAUGCUUUGAAAUAUAAGUGUUUACCAUUUUCACUAUACUUUUAUACCUCAAUAUACCAACAUGUACACAAAAAAGUAUAAUGUAUCAGGACAUGUCCAAAGCACACAAAUCUUUAGCUAAAUUGGAGAGACCAGUUACUAAGUGUGUCUCAGAAGGACAGUGCAACUAACCAUGAUACAAACUUAACAGGUCAGGACAUCUUGAAGAUAUCUUCCUAUCUUAUCAAUGCCCUCCCUCACAUGCUUAACAUGUAAAAUUACUUUUUAACGACUCCAGUGAGUGAGGGAUAGUGAAACCUCGAGACAAGGACAGCUCAAGGUUUUGUCCUCAUCUCCAUGUUUUUGGAGAACACUGUGACCUAAAUUAAGUUAUUAAAACUCACGGAAUAAAUAAAACUACUAAAGUGUUGAAUAGUCACGGUCACUGGACAGAGAAGCACUAAUAUAAAUUUAUCACACAUACAAUAAAUAUAAAUGCAGUACUAUAGUUUUGGUGAGUAAAUAUUUGAUUUAAGAUCAAUUUAAGCCUUUGGUUUUUAAAAGAGUUGAGAGAACAAAAUGUGUUUUUUUCUGCUAAGUUGAAUAACAUGGACAGACAGUACAUUUAUUUUAUUGCAUUGGCCCUUACAAAUUCAGAUACAGAAGACAUGAAUUAUACACAAUUUAUAAAAAUAUUUUAAAAUACUUAAAAUGUAUUUUUCUUUAUCAAUAAUACAUGACAUGUUAAUAGUAAAAAAAUGCUUGGUUGUUAAUACAAUGCAUCGCCAAAAAUGAGAAUAAAAAGAAAUGUUAAUAAAUCGUUAUACAAAGCCUU